GUCUACUACUGAGUAGUUCUUGUACCUCUAGUCCGGCUCCGAACCUAUGAUACAAAUUCUUGGAGCUGUAGGCCACCCGUUAUUUGUCUUGAAGACGGCCAAAGCAAGAGUGCAUCAUGCGGAGGAUCACCCGUCUAUCCAUCCAAGGUCGAAGCCCUCCAGACGUCCAGCGUGGACGCCUCUCGCCAUGCUUGAACUAAUACCCAUUGCGGCCUCCUUGCUGGGAGAACUGUUGGUGUCCUUCGUCGUCCGCCCUUCUUAAUUUCUCCCACUCUUUCUGAUUCCUCGCGUUUUUCUCUUUGUUUCGGGUUACUCUAUCGCAAUCUCUCGAGAGGGUGGGCCUGAGUCGGCGGUACGACACCAUGUAAAUCGCUGUUUGUGGUGGCUCUCUUAGUGUAAAUCAGAGGAGGCGCAGAACUUUUUCGAUGGAACAGUUGAGUUUAUGUGUAUAGAGAUAUGGAUGAGUGUUGAGGGUCAUGGGCUAGGGCUAUACUAAACCGAGUACAUACUGCGGAGGGAUCCAACGCCGUGACCGAGCAGACUACCAAACUAGACCAUGAACCAUAGUUUCCC